AUGGGAUUCCAGCUCACACCAUUUGAUUUUUAUUCUUUUGAAACGCAGUUGAAUCAAUUAGCAUCGAAAAUCAUCACCAGUACUAGUCAGUUACACAUUUGGACAAAUAAAUUGAUUGAAUUCAGAGCAUUGCAAAUGGAUGGCUUGAUUGACGAUAAUGAUGAACUCAAUGAUCGAAUCGACAUGAUGGAAGACUACGUCAACAACGGCAAUCUCAUCCUCCAAGACAUGGCACAAAACGUGAUCUAUGCUAAGCAAAUCUACCAAGAAAAUCAACAAGCAACAUCAAUGACAACACAGCAAGAGAGAUUCUUGCGGUACCACUCGACCAUUAUGGACAAAUUACUCUCACAUUCACCCACUGUAUGA